CCACGCGUCAUUUCACAAACGAUAGGCCACAUCUUAUCCCUUCAAUACAAUUUUUCAUUUCAUAAGAAAUCAGCAAAUAGAUAACUACCCAGUGUCCUCUUUCCAUCAACAACACUCAUCUUCCAAACUUCCCCACUAUGGCUUCAUCUACGACUUCAUCAUCCCUUAUGUUAACCCACUCUACUUCCACCAUCAUCAACUCACAAGACUACUCUUCCUCACACCGUUCCUUCCCUCUCAGACCUCUUUCUAGAACCUUCUUUCUCUCCCCCCUCGUUUUAAAGUCCUCCAACUUGUUCCAUUGCAGUUACCAAUCUAGGUCUUCUUCUCAUUGCUUCGCUGCUUCCCUCGCCGCCGAUGUCGCCGAAACCGAUGAGGAGGAAAAUGACAGUGCUGAUGAUGAGUCUUCCAAUGCCACUAAUACUCUUGUUGUCUCUACUAAGCCUAAGACUGGGAAGGCUGCAUUGCUUCUCAAGAGCGACAGGGUAAGGUCUAAGAGGUUCUUGGAAAUUCAAAAAUUGAGGGAGCAUAAGAAAGAGUAUGACUUGAAGACAGCAAUUUCUUUGGUAAAAGCAUCAGCUAAAGCCAAGUUUGUAGAAACAGUAGAAGCCCAUUUCCGCCUCAACAUUGACCCUAAGUAUAAUGAUCAACAGUUAAGAGCAACAGUAAGUCUGCCAAAGGGAACUGGAAAGACUGUUAAAGUGGCUGUUCUUACUCAAGGUGAGAAAUUCGACGAAGCUAAAAACGCAGGAGCUGAUUUGGUGGGUGGAGAAGACCUGAUAGAACAGAUAAAAGGAGGAUUCAUGGAAUUUGAUAAAUUAAUUGCUUCUCCAGAUAUGAUGCCUAAGGUUGCUAUCCUAGGGAAAAUUUUGGGGCCAAGAGGACUCAUGCCAAAUCCAAAGGCUGGCACUGUAACAGCUAAUAUUCCUCAGGCUAUAGCAGAAUUCAAGCAGGGAAAAGUUGAAUACAGGGCAGAUAAAACUGGAAUCGUGCACUUGCCGUUUGGAAAAGCCGACUUUCUGGAAGAGGAUCUUCUUACAAACUUGCUUGCAGCAAUAAAAUCAGUAGAGACAAACAAACCUUCGGGUGCGAAAGGUGUAUAUUGGAAAAGUGCACACAUAUGCUCAGCAAUGGGGCCUUCAGUUAGGUUAAAUGUCAAGGAGAUGCUUGAUUACAGACUUCAAUCAGAAUAGAGCACCUGGUAUGCUUGUUUUGAUUGAAUCAACUUUCUGGGUGCACUUGCCAAAUUUCUUGUCAAAGAUGUUACCAAGGUUACAUAAAGGGAUGAAAUGUGAUAAUUUGGUUGGUUAUAUGUGUUAAAAAUCUCCACCAAAAGUGUGCACAGGAUACGGAUUUUUGUUGUAUUAUUAUUACUAUUAUUAUUAUUAUUAUUAUUAUUAUUAUUAUUAUUAUUA